GGAAGUUGAUUUUAAGGAGAUGAUUUUUCGAGCGAGUUGCAAGUGAGUCAAGACGAUGUUGACACUGAGAUUGGCCUUAUCCAAAGGCAUUGGAGAUAUUCCACCAUUGCUGAGGAUAUCAUCUCAGAAUUAUGAAGUGUGUAAAAGUUGCUUGAUUAAACGCCAUCUCAAUUUACCAACCUGGUUCCCACAAAAGUUGAAAAAUGGACUUGACAGAAUUUCCAGUAGUUCUUCUGUCAGAUGGCAGACAGAUGGUACCUCAAGGAAUGGUGGUAAGGACUCUAAAUCAAAACAGGAGAAUACGACGGAACCAUCUGUGAUCAAAGCAAGCAGUAUAGAGGGAAAGGAUGUAAACACUACAACAAAAGAUACAGAAUCAGCAUCCCCUCCACACAAUGAUGAUGGAAGUAUAGUAAUUUCGUUUGACUACAAAGAGGGCUUGCCACUACAUCAUCAACUUCAAAAGUGUAUGGAAGAUCAAACACUGAGAAUAACUCAUUCCAAAGGAAAGGAGAUUAAUGUAGAGGAUGAGAAGUUUUCAUGGCCAGUCUUCCCUAAAAACAAAUCCAUAAAUCCAUUUGACGAGGAUGAGAAAUUAAUAGAAGAAGAACGUGCUCUGAGAGAAUACAUGCUUUCACAUCGAAAUCUAAAAAAUCUUAGAUACAUAAGAAAAAGGAAUGCAUACCGCAAUACAGACAAGAAAUAUGUCACCAUGUACUCUGUAUCCGAUCUACAUAAAAAGACGAUAGAUGUCUGGGGAAGCAUUGAAAGAAUGGAAAUGCAGCGAAAACGACACAAGAAUCGGUAUGGUUAUCAAGAUGAUUUCAGAAUUGAAGAAAAGAUGGAAUCAAAUUCGGGUUUGUUACGCCAGACCAUUACCUCAGCACCUGGUAAGGUGGUGUUAUCAGCCAUAGUAGCUAACCUAGUCAAUGCUGGUUUUAAAGGCUUUGCCUGGCUCUCAACAGGCUCUCAUAGUAUGUUUGCUGAAAUGAUACACUCCUGUGUAGACGCUAUUAAUCAGAUCUUCAUGUUAUUUGGACUAUAUAGCUCAAACAAAGCCCCUGAUUCUGACCAUCCAUAUGGAUAUAAAUCAGCAAAAUUUGUGUUUUCUUUCACGGCUGGAAUAUCCAUCUUCUUUUUUGGAGGGCUGAUCAACGUGGGCUUAGGAAUGAUGGGCUUCAUGUCUGAUAUGCCUUACCAUUACUCUGUAUGGGCCUUGUUGAUACCAAUAUGCGCCACAUUUACAGAAGGUGGUUCAUUACUCGUUGCGUGUCAGGAGGCCUUUAAAAAGAUGCCGCCAAAUGAAAGAAAUUUAAGAGGAUUACAAAAUUUUGUUCAGCAAGGUUUGGAACCCAGCAUGACAGUUGUGUUGUUGGAGGAUUUUGCAGCAGUGGUUGGUAACAUUGUGGCGUUAGGUUGUUACUAUAUAGGAAGUAGUUUUGGCCCCUCUUUAGUAUGGAUCGAUUCGCUUGGCUCUGUAAUAAUUGGCGGCCUUCUCGGAGCUGUAGGGAUGGUCAUCAUACGGACAAAUUAUUCGGCUAUCGUUGAAAAGUCUGUCCCUCCCCAUGAAAAAGAAGCUAUUCAGUAUACCAUGGAGAGUGAUCCCAUUGUCAGAUCCGUACAUGAUAUGAAGGUGGUUAACGACCGAGUCAAGGCAGAGAUCGACUACAAUGGCCGAGAAAUCACGAGCAAAUAUUUAUUGGAGCAGAACAUGUCAGCAAUACUACAGGAAAUGCAGUAUAUGUCAAAUGAGAAAGAUGCAGAGGAAUUCCUCAAGUACCACGGUGAUAAUGUUAUCAAUCAGCUUGGCAUGAGGGUGGAUGGCCUCGAGACUAGAAUCAAGUCAAGACACCCAAAAGUUCGUCAUGUAGACCUGGAGUCUUUAUGAAACCAAGCCUAAUAAUGUAGUGGAGAUCAUCAUCCAUUUAUGUUGUGUUAUUACUUUGCAAAAUUUGUACGGAGACGAUGAUUCCCACACGUGUACAGAGAUCAUCAGUGAUGUAGGUGACACACCUGUACAGAGACUAUCAGUGAUGUAAGUGACACACCUGUACAGAGAUCAUCAGUGAUGUAGGUGUCUCCCCACACGUGUACAGAGAUCAUCAGUGAUGUACGUGACACACCUGUACAGGGAUCAUCAGUGAUGUACGUGUCUCCCCACACCUGUACAGAGACCAUCAAUGAUGUAGGUGACACACCUGUACAGAGACCAUCAGUGAUGUAGGUGUCUCCCCACACCUGUACAGAGACCAUCAAUGAUGUAGGUGUCUCCCCACACCUGUACAGAGAUCAUCAGUGAUGUAGGUGACACACCUGUACAGAGACCAUCAAUGAUGUAGGUGUCUCCCCACACCUGUACAGAGAUCAUCAGUGAUGUAGGUGACACACCUGUACAGAGACCAUCAAUGAUGUAGGUGACACACCUGUACAGAGACCAUCAAUGAUGUAGGUGUCUCCCCACACCUGUACAGAGACCAUCAGUGAUGUAGGUGUCUCCCCACACCCGUACAGACACCAUCAAUGAUGUAGGUGACACACCUGUACAGAGACUAUCAGUGAUGUAGGUGUCUCCCCACACCUAUACAGUGACCAUCAAUGAUGUAGGUGACACACCUGUACAGAGACCAUCAGUGAUGUAGGUGUCUCCCCACACCUGUACAGAGAUCAUCAGUGAUGUAGGUGUCUCCCCACACCUGUACAGAGACCAUCAGUGAUGUAGGUGUCUCCCCACACCUGUAGAGAGACCAUCAGUGAUGUAGGUGUCUCCCCACACGUGUACAGAGAUCAUCAGUGAUGUAGGUGACACACCUGUACAGACACCAUCAAUGAUGUAGGUGACACACCUGUACAGACACCAUCAAUGAUGUAGGUGUCUCCCCACACCUGUACAGAGAUCAUCAGUGAUGUAGGUGUCUCCCCACACCUGUACAGAGAUCAUCAGUGAUGUAGGUGACACCUGUACAGAGACCAUCAGUGAUGUAGGUGACACACCUGUACAGAGACCAUCAGUGAUGUAGGUGACACACCUGUAUAGACACCAUCAGUGAUGUAGGUGACACCUGUACAGAGACCAUCAAUGAUGGAGGUGUCUCCCCACACCUUUAUGGUAUUCAUUACUACAAUUAGUCAGCGAAUUUUUUACUUUAAAAUCUUUUUGCUCAUUAAAUGUCAUCCUUACAAACA